AUUUUAAUUCUAGAUAUUACAGACGAAAUGUCGUUGAUUGUGUUUUUAUUGAUACUCUACAUUAUUUGGGAUGUAAACUAUUUUAUCCGAGUCGUCUUCACUGUUGUAGCUGGUCGUUUAUUCCAAAAGAAGCGAAAAAUCACAGACAAGACCACAAUUUAUGGCAUUUGCACAUCUCAAGAUGUAGACAUCUUCAUUCGCCACAUGAACAAUGCCAGAUAUCUGCGUGAACUUGAUUUUGCCCGCUUCCAUUACUACGGUCUAACCGGGUUAUAUGAAGAGGUUAAGAAACUUGGUGGCGGAGCUGUGCAAGGCGCUUCAAGUGUUCGUUACAGGCGAACAAUUCCAAUCUUCCAUCCAUACAAAAUCGAUACGAAGCUCAUUUGGUGGGAUGACAAGGCCAUCUAUUUGGAACAACAAUUUAUUACUAUUGCUGAUGGUUUCGUGAGAGCUGUGGCAUUGUCGAAGCAGUGCAUAACAAAUUGUAAUGUCAUUGAUGUAAUGAAGAAGUUCCCAGAGGGAAAGACUGCCCCAGCGAUGCCAGAAGAGUUGAAAUUAUGGUUGCAAGCAAUUGAGGUGUCGAGUGAUAAAUUGAGAAAAGAUAAAUGAGGUCUUUUCUAGAAUUUCUUAACUUUUUUUUGUUUAAAGAGAGUGAGAUUGAAUUAUUUUUGUAUAGGGUUUUGAUAUUAAAAUUAUUUAAUAAGGUUUUUUUUUUACAAUGUUUAAUGUGUGUAAAUAAAUAAAUUUUUUAUUGUUAA